CAUCCCCAGACAUCCCGUUUCUACGAGGCACUGCAUUCCAUCCUCGGUGCAGCCGCCACCACUACCCCACCACUGACCGUGGACUCUGAGGAUGGGAUAUUGUCCACGGCCGGUUCCUCGGACAUGUUAGCGGACGGGGAAGAUGAGGAAGGAGAUGAGGAGGGCGAGGCAGUCGGCAGCGCUCACAACACUGAUUUCCCUGACAGCCAGGAUCUCUUCAUCACCCUUACAGAGAUCCCCUACGAAGCGUCCCCAGCCGUUACCCCGGACACAGAAUCUGGGGAAGGAUCAGCCACCACAUCUGCGACUGUCUCACAACCUAGCCUGGCAUCACACUCCCAGAGGCUAGCGAAGAUUAGGCAUAGGAAGAAGAGGACACGGGAGGACAUGUUCUCUGAACUUAUGGCCUGUUCCCAAGCCCAGGCAGCACAGCAGACCCAGUGGCGGGAGAAAUUGACCCAAAUGCAGCAAGCAAACAUGGAUCGGGAGGAGAGGUGGCGGCAGGAAGACCAGCAGGCGACUCAAACGCUGCUUGGACUACUGAGGGAGCAAACAGACACGCUCCGGCGCCUUGUGGAUGUUCUGCAGGAACGGAGGCAGGAGGACAGAGCCCCGCUGCAGUCCAUCUCUAACCGCCCUCCCCCGCCACCAAGUCCCAUACCCACCUCACCCAAAGUGCAAAGAAGGAGAGGCGGCAGAGUCCCUGCUAACUCUCACUCCACCCCUGCAGAGAGCUCUAGUAGCAGAAGGCUCUCAUUCCCCAAAACUUGAAAAGUUCUUUCCUUCCCGCCUGACACAAGCCCCCGUCCAAGUUUCACCUCCCAGUUCCAUGUGUAGUUGAUAAUAAAAAAUACGUUCAUGUUAAGUACUGUUUCAAUGAUGUUCUUUUGGAGGAGGAGGGGAAAGGGGGUUGGUAAUUGGACAGGACAGUCGCCUUUGGCAGGGUACAUAGGCGGGGGCAGGCACAGCAGCAGGGCACAUACACAGUGCAGUGAUGCAGUGACUAGUUACCCUGGUUAGUCUGGGAGGUUGUUUUCAUGUUAUGUG